AUGGGGGCUUUGUCGAGUGGCCCAGCCGAGGGUGAUGAGCUGACCGGGGAACAGUUGGGGAGUUUGAUGUCUCGUGAAGACUCCCUGCCCGCCCAUGACGACGACCCAACUGCGAGCCACUUGGAGCAGCAGCUCGCCGACUUUGCUAGCUUUGGCAACGGCACUGGCGACUGGCAUGCCAUGAACUCGAGUUUGGUUCUUGCCAGGCAUUCCCGUCAGGUGAUGCCGUGGGAAAGGGCGGUGAAGCCCCGGCUGGGGCCUAGCUUCAUUUUCCAGGAGCCUCUGCUUGGGCGUUUUGAUGGUCUUACCAGAGCCGUGAUUCCUGCUCCUUCAGCGCGGCCGUGGGCCUGGGUUCCCAAAGGUACGUACGAGGCCAGACGACUUCUUGCGGCCAGGUUUGCCAAGAGCGAUGACAUGCUCCGGCUCUCUGCACUUAAGAAGGUUAGGCUCAUCGUGCUGUUUUACCCGGACGACUCCGAGCUCGGGAGAAACCUUGUGGGCUCUGCAGGGUUUGCCAAAUGGAUCGUGGCCAGCAAAGGGCGCCCUCUGGCGCCUUCCGAGGGUGAGCUGUACGCCUAUAUGCUGCACCUGCGCCGAACCAAAGCCGGAGCCACAGCGGGAGAGUCCUUUCUAAAGUCCUAUCGGUUCUUCAUGCAUCUGACCGGGGCUGUUCAGAAUGCUCGGAUCUCGCCCCGAGUGCAGGGGGCGGCAAAGGCGAUGGCCAUGGUCAAGAGGCCGCUCUGGCAGGCACCGCCCCUACCCGAGGAGGCGGUACGACUUCUCGAGGAGUUCGUCCACGAGACCGAGGACUGUGCAAGGGCCAGCAUAGCGGGGUUCAUGCUCUUUUGCAUCUACUCCUCUGCGCGCUGGUCGGAUGCGGCCCGUGGGACGUCCAUGGUCAUGGAUGUGGCGGGCAACGGUUUGGUUCUGCUGGAGUGCUCUACAAAGCAUUAUAAGACCAAGGCCAAGGACCGGAAGGACACUGUGCUCCCCCUCAUUGCUCUGGGCAGCGGCCUCACCCAGCCUUCUUGGGGGCGAGUCUGGAUGCGCAAGCGGGCCCUCGCGGGGCUGCAGAAUUCCUCAGUGAUCAUGCCGGCUAUGUCGCCUGGGGGCAACUUCCUCGAGAGAGCCAUGACUGCUGCCGAGGGCUCUCUAUGGCUUCGCGAACUCCUGCACCUGCAGGGCUUCACCGGUGACUUGGAGCAGUUCAGCUCCCACAGCUUGAAAGCAACCGCUUUGUCCUGGACGGCCAAGAGCGGGACCAUGACUUACGAGGAACGCCUUACUCAGGGACAUCACUGCAGCCCUAAGCACGGGAUGGCCCUCCUCUACUCGCGGGAUGCCCUCGCGGAGAUCAUCGUGAAGGUGGCCAAGGUCGUGAGUGCUGUGAGCCGGGGAGUGUUUAGUCCAGACUUUCCGAGGGCCGAGAGGGUCGCUAGGGCUCUGCAUGCAGAUCCCGCAGACUUUGAGCAUCUUCCCGAGACUACGGCUGAGGAUUUACCAGCUGGGGAGCCUCAGGAGGAGAAUAUCUCUGAGGCCGGGUCUGACAUAACCGACCUCGGCGAUCUCAACGAUGACCUAGGGGCUCCGGUUCCUGAGGAGGUCCGCCCUAGGCUGAGCUGCGCUUUUUCGGGGACGACGUACAUGCACGUCUUGAGUGGAGUUGUGCAUAAGAUGGUCAGCCCUGAUGUUUUGAAGUGCGGUAGGAAAGUCACAGCCAAUUUGCGCUUGAUGGGUCCGGAGGAGGCCCAGGACAAUGUCUGCCAGCAGUGUGCGGCUUGA